UGUCUCGAGCCUCUGAGAGAGCUGAGCUGCCGUUCGCUGCUGCUGAGUGCUGCUGAGCCGAGUGUCCGAAUGCUCGUGCCGACGGCCCGCAACGGCAUCGGAUCGUCGGAUCUUGGCAGUCGGCGCAGCAGCGGUCGUUGGUGCGGUCGCGCGAGUCGUCUCGGCGGCUGUCAUUUUUCUGCCUUGGGACACUCUUCGCAGCGAAGCAACUGCAUCUGCCGCUGCUGCUGCGGCUUCUUGUAGAUUAACUCGCGGGGGAGCGACGAAGGCCGCGUCCAAAGCAUCCUGUUUUAUUAUGUAGAGCCGAUUUCUCGCUCCUUCAUUUCCGUUGCACGUACGACGGAUUUUCAAAAGUGAGCCGCAAUUUUCCGCUCUCCCUGUCUCCCCGUUCGUGCCAAAGCUGGGCGUCACUUUCUCGGGGAUUUUCUUUCUUUCGCAAGAUCGUGAGUGAAAGAAGCAAGUACGAGUGAUUGAUAAUGAAGGUAUACGCACAUCCACGCUACGAGGACGAUCAUCCGUACGUGCGCAUAUGAGCAAGGAGAAUCUUACGUUGGAUGCAUCGCUCCUUUCGAGUCUAGGUGAUAAUUGUGUUUACGAGUAAUCGAGGCAAAAAAAAAAAUCGGCAAACCCAUACACAAAUGUUCCGUUCAACUGUGCUGGUACACCGUAGCCGAAUAUUAAUUAAACUUGUCGAUCGGCUCGAAGCUGCAUCAUGGGUGGGCCAACGUUGCGGAAUCCGUACAUUGUAGCCGUGCAAAACUACCUGCAAAUGCGACGUCUCAAAGAGGUAAGAUGGAUGAACGAGCAAGCCUGCACGAACGAAGCGUACGUGCCGACGUUCGUCGAGCACGUGGCCAACGUCAUCACCCACGGGGUCUGGAUCGUGCCGGCCCUCCUCGGGGCCCUCGAGCUCAUCGAGCGAGCCUCCAGCUGGCCCAAGCUCGUCUCGGCCAUCGUCUACGGCACGUCGCUGCUCUUGCUCUUCACCGUGUCGACCGUCUUCCACAGCAUCCACUACUGCUUUCACAAAGGAUUGCUGACCAAUCUGAAGGACGUGCUGCAUCGCUGCGACCGAGCGAUGAUCUACGUCUUCAUAGCGGCCACCUACUUUCCCUGGCUGAAUCACGAGCCCUUCGAGGGUGACGUGCUCAUGCCCACCAUGAGGAUCCUCGUCUGGAUCAUGGCCGCGGUCGGCAUCAUCUACCAACAGAUCUUCCACGAGCAGUACAAGUGGCUCGAGACGACCUUCUAUGUGAUAAUGGGCGUGGGCCCGAGCUUUGCCAUCGUAGGCAUUAAGGAGUACGACAACAUACCGGAGCUCAAGUGGGGUGGCCUGGCUUAUCUGCUCGGCAUCGUGUUCUUCAAAGCCGACGGCCGGAUACCGUGCGCCCACGCGAUCUGGCACCUGUUCGUGGCCGCCGGAGCGGGCUUCCACUACCACGCGAUCCUCCAUCAUUUGUACCCGGACGCGGACUCGCCGAUCCUGGCCUCGGGCGAACGGCUGCUCGGCAUGUUCAACCAGCAGCAUCAGAUCCAUUCGCACGUCGAGUUUUAGACACGCAAUUCUUGUACCUUAUGACGAUUCCUUGUGAUUUUUUUUUUCAGCGAGCCACGACGCGCUAAUGUGAAUUUGUGAUUUUUUUCUUUCCGUUAUUAUAUCGUUUAUUAUGAUAUAGCUCAUGCCAAAGUUAACUCCAGAACAAGUGCGCCGCGUGCCAUCAGUUCCAGACACAGUCUCGAUAUUUUUAAUCUCAGAAAAUAUUUCAAACGCGACGGCGUUUCAGUCCCUCGAUGAACAUGUAUAAUUGCUCGCUCGAAGAUUAGAUAAGAAAUUCAUUUUUAUAUAUAAACCUAUACUAAAUUGUAUAUUCAUUGACUAGCUGUACAACCGUUGCAAUUUUUCAUGUCGUCGAAAUGUUAUGUGUUGCAAUUUGUUCAUAUUAACAAUGCAUACAGAUAAUGUUACAAUUUUGUAGUCCCCAUUUUUUUCCCCCGUGCGACUUCUAAUCUGAUAUUUGUAAAUCAAUAUUGCACGUAAAUUAGCCAAAAAAUAUAUAAUUAACAUACUUCUUCAAAGCCAAUGAAGUUCGAUGAUAUUAUAUUAUAAAAAGACGAUGGCACUUAUCGUCUGACCGAGUCAAAAAAAAAAAAAGACCAAUAUUUCACGCUACCUAAGACUCACUUGUAUAACGUUGUACUAAAUCCUAUUACACAGAAGUACAUGGACAAAAAAAUGCAUCAAGGAGCAAAAAAAGUAUUGUAAAGUGCUGACCCAGCAAAAAAUGAACUUUUCUUCGAAACGUCGAUAAAGUGUAGAAAUAUUGUUAUUUAAUCUAUAAAGUAGAGGUCAAACAAAAUUCAAAAACCUAAUCAGACUCUCACGAUAUUUUAUCGACGAAAAACUCUAGUGAUUCUAAAAUUGAGCUGCGAAAAAUUCAAAGUCAUUUUAACAUAAAAUUAUCCAAUUUUACAUGUAAAUAAUGCACAGCAAUGCUGCUUCAUCUUCGAUAUUUAAACAAAUUACGAGCAUUUGAUGAGGCGACAGUUUGCAACAAAUCAAUAAAUAAAAACAAGUUCUCUCGUAGAGGACUUUCGUUCGUACUUUUUAUAAAACCAAGGGUGUUUUUAAAAUAAAAUCGAUUAAUAUAAGCAAAAGCACUCGUCGAUAAAUGUUAAUGUCACAAACAAACUGGUAUAAUUAUUUAUACCUAUUUUUUAGGUGUAGAAAAUGUAUCGCGACGCUUAAAUCUCUUUUGAAACUUAUAUUAAGAACAAGUGCAAUAUCGAUGAAAAUACCAUUCGAUACGAUUCCCAAGGAUAUUAUUACCUCAUAACUUUUAUUUUAGUUUAGCAAAUUAUCUCUGUAAGGAUUAUAGUGAAAUUAAGUACGAUUUGGAGUUUACAUGAACAAUUAUGAUUAUUGUUUGAUUAGCUUAGACUUAUUUGUACGAUGUUUGUGAUAAUUCAUGGAGGAAUUGAUUUUUUAAGGAACAUAAAUGAUCAAACUGGUAACAAUUGAACGGUUGCGACAAAUGUAGAUUGUAGAGAAUCCUUAGAAGUUUAGACAUUCAUUCGCAAUCGAAAUCAAAUGCAUUCGACGAACAUAGUAGAAGAAUGUUGUCUUGGUAGCAAUUGCCCACAAUUUCAUCCAAAACCUCAAACCAUCAAAAUGAAGUACUUUGUAUAAUUAGAAAUAUUUAUGAAUAAAACUAACAUGAAUCCUUUGAUAA